UCUGGAGGCAGGACAAGGCAUCAGUUUCCUCUUGAGACUCCAACAAGAUCAUCAUGGUUGCCAAGGUCAUUAUCGCUCUGGUGGGCUUAGUUGCCCUCGUGGCUGCCGACAGCUUCGAAAGCUUCGAAAGAUACUCCCGCCCAAGGUUCUCCUCAGGAUCCGCCGAGUCCUUCGAGUCCGGCGAGGCUCGUUACAACUUCGACUGGGCCGUCAACCACCCUCCCUCCCGCAACGACUUCGGACACCAGGAGGCCGGGGACGGCGAGAACACCCAGGGAUCCUACUUCGUCCACCUCCCCGACGGCCGCCUGCAGAAGGUGGCCUUCCGCGCUUCUGACGACGACGGAUACAUCGCCGAGGUCACCUACUCCGGUGAGGCUCAGUUCCCCGACUCCUUCGAAUCCUACGAGUCCCGUGAGGCUCCCAGGAGGUUCUACUAUGGCUCCAACGAGUCCAAGUAAAUCUUGAAGUUCCUCUGAAGACGGUUUUAGGUUGUAACUACACUGUUGUCUCCCUGUACAUUUUUUGUAAUAGGUAUGCCUUAUUUAUUUCAAUAAACUAUUAUAUUUUCA